UGUUCCUCAUCAUUGACCUCUGACCUCAACCCAGAUUCGUUUGGACGUGAGCCUGUGAAAAGCAGGUUGAAAAGGAAAAUAUGGGAAAAUAAGAGAAAUAUCGUCUUCUUUUCGACUUUCCAAACACAUCUAUACACUUGUGAGGAAGUUGUUGUCACGUACGCCAAGAAACAAGAGUGAAAAAUGAUUACUCUGUCCAAGAAGUUGAAGCAGGCGAAAGAAGGCAAACCUGUGGAGAUUGCUCACAGUCCUGACAAGAGGGCCUCCAUUCGGGAUAAACUACUGGUCAAAGAGGUUCAAGAAAUGGAGUCGAACUUGCCACCAACUUGUAAAGUGACCUUUGAUGACCCCGACAAACUCCAUCAGUUCAACAUAACUAUUGCACCUGAUGAAGGUUUUUGGCAUGGAGGGACCUUUGACUUUGAUGUAGAUGUUCCGGAAGAUUACAAUAUCCUGCCCCCACGAGUGCAGUGUAACACCAGGAUAUGGCAUCCAAACAUAGCUGAGAAUGGCGAUAUUUGUCUUAGUUUGCUUAGGGAAACAUCAUUAGAUGCAACUGGGUGGUCUCCCACACGGACUCUUAAGGAUGUCGUGUGGGGUUUAAAUGCACUAUUUUAUGAACUUUGUGACUUUGAUGACCCACUGAAUCUAGAAGCUGCAGAACAUUGGCUUAGGGACAAGGAAUCUUUUCAAGAGAAGGUUACGAGUUACAUAGAGCGCUACGCUAAGAGAUGAUGGAACGGUCUAACUGUCAUUUGUAUGAAAUACAAAAUAAUAGAGCAAUUUUUAAAUGAGGCUCAGUCUAGAUCAUGUAUUGUAUGCUUACAGUUGCAAUAUGUCCUAUUUAUCGUACUGUCAUUAGCAAUAUAACUGCUAAUAUGAUAAGCACAAAAAGCUAGUUCAUGGUUUGAAGUGCGCAUGCGCAGCAUGGUGCAUUGUGGGUAAUAUAUCAGGGAGGUCUCAAUAUAUAGUAUUAUAUAUAUGAUGGGGUGUUUGUGUCAACUAAGUUAAUGGACAAUCCCCAUUGAACACAGACAUUGCAUGAUAAUCAUAUGAUGCUGAAUGUAAUUGUUUUGUGUGAACUAAAAAAAAUACUACAAGGAACUCCUUGUUUCAUAUUCUGAUGAAUUUUACUUUAUACUUUCUGUGGGUUCCAAAACCCUCAAAAAAUAAAUAAAUAUGACUAUCAAA